CUUAAAUCUGUGCCGUGUCUGCUAAAAACACGGCUCAAAAUAUUACUAAUAUAUGUUAUAAAUAUAAUGCUUUAAACACUACACUUAUUUGAAUAUGUGAUAUUUUACUUUUUUUUUAUAGGUGUUCAUACUGGUCACUUCAAAAUGUUCCCCAGAGGAAAGAAGUUUGAUAAUGACACAAUCGACGUGGUCAACAAGGGUUGUUUUGACAACUACGAUACAUUGGCAUGUGUUAGGACAAGCUUUCUCACGAUCCUGUCUGCCAUUACCUUAGUCUUUGUCAUACUGAAGAUAGUCAAGUACCACGUGUACAGACACCCACAACUGCAUCACUAUGUGAUCUUCUAUGUAUCUGCUGUUCUCUGCUUCAUGUGCGGAGCGAGCUUCAUGGCGGGCGCGCGCUACCCGCAGCUGGACUUCUCGGCCUGCUUCCUGAAGCUGCUGCAGUUUGCGCUGAUCUGCCACCUGCACUGGUCGCUGGGCGCGCGGGCGGCGCGGCGCGAGGACGUGGUGCAGCACGUCGUCAACCCCGUGCUGUGCCUGUACGUGCUGUACUGCACCACCGUGGCGCUCAUGGGCAUGGUGGACGUCACCGGCUCGUGGACCCAGUGCAUGCGACCGUACUGGCUGAUGCUCUCGUCUGCCGACCUGGUGCUGGUGCAGUUGUUCGUGGUGAUGGCCUUGUACAUGACGCAUCGCUCGGAGGGGCUGUCGUCGCUCGCCUCCUUCAAGAGCACUCAGAAGCGUGACCUCUGGAGCGUCGUCGUCGUCUACGAGGUGUCUGCCGUGCUGGCGGUCACGCUCGACGCCAUCAUGAGAUUCGUGGGCUCGGAGGUGAGCGGCUGCAGCGGGCUGUUCGGCCACACGCAGGUGCUCUACUCGACGGUGAUGGCCGUGUUCGCCAUGGCCAAGUUCCUGCUGCCCACGUGGGUGCUGCUGUGCGUCUUCCAGCCCGUGGAGGGCGACGCCCACAACUCGGAGGUGGCGCUGGCGAGCCGCUACAGCCUGGACUGCCAAACGGACACCGGCUGCUCCUCCAUCCGGGGCUACCACCAGUACCGCCGCAUGUUCGUCCCCGAGCAGAGCGGCGUGUUGCCCGCCUUGCAGGACGAGUAUCCCUUCCCGGAGCUGCAGAAGCAGCAGCCGGCCGGCCUCCCGGUGGCAGGGCUGUCGACCAUCAACGAGGAGUCGGGCAGCCUGUCCGUGCUGGAGAGCCCCGUGAGUGGCUCUCUGCGCAGCGACGCGGGCGAGCUGUCGCGAGCCUUCGGCCACCGCGUCUCCUGCUGAGCCCCUGGCAUCCGCUGUAUCGCAAGCUAGGGGUGUACCGAUUCCACUGCCACUGUUCAUUAAGGUUAUGGAAACAAAUAAUUAUUUACUUUUAUGUAUUCUUGAAUUGGGAUUCUGAAAACAUUUUCUUGGUUCCCUGUAAUUUUACUUGCUGAUUGAUACCAACUAAUUAACUCCCUCAAUUUUAAUAAUCGCAUUCAUUAAUUAGUACCUAAAUGUCGGUACACCCCUAUUUAAAAUACAAAGUGUUUCAAAAAUUGUUUGGCAGUUAUUCAGGCAGUCUUUUCUCGUGUUGCCAUACAAGUGGACUUGCUCAUUUCUUGUUUACUGUAAAUCACUUAUUUUAUCCUGGCUAUCAUUAAUGAUCAUUCUGUUUUUUUUUUCUGCUACAGAAACAGAGUGAUUGGUUGUGUGCCUCCGGCAACUGAACAUGCUCAAGGAGGAAAGUGCGUAGCCUGUUUUCUUGCUUUGGAAAACUUUUAUGCUGUGUGUUUUUUUAAACCAUUAACUCCUACUCAUAGUUAAAAAGCUCCAUUCUCAUAGUUAUUUAAGGCUGUGCGAAGCUUCAGAUGUUCAGAGUUAAAACCAAUAUGUAUUAUGAUUCAUAUUGAUUUGCUUGAAAACAUGAAUAUUCAUUAAUAUUCAAAGCUUUCAUGUGGCAUACCGUAGAAGAUAAAUUGUAAUAUUUGGAAUUUCUAUAAGCGCUCUAAUUCAAUUUGGGUUGAUUCCAGUUUCGAUUCUUGUAUUUGGGCUCUGAUUUGGAUUCUGAUUCCAUCAGAUUCUAUACUCUUUGCAGUAAUGCCUUAUGGGGCCCUCCUAGUCAGGGUGUGUCUGUGUUAGUGAGGCAGGAUUAGAAGUUCGACACGCACUAGUGCUUCUAGCGCGGUGCUGCCUCUAAGCGCAGGGCUCUAAACCAGCACCUUCUCGUGGUGCAUAAGGAAACGGUGAAAUUUGAGCAGUAACCAUAACAUUAUAUGGAGGAGAAAUAAAGAUAAAUAUGUAAUGCAAGGCCUUAGGGUGCUUUGAAGAGUCUUUAACCAAAUAUUUAAUGUCUAAUAUUAUUCUGAAAAAACCUGUAUUAAGCCCUUUACUCUCUCCUAAAAAUACUGUUCGGUUACGAAAUACGGAAACACAACUACCCAUCCGCCCUCAGCAUAUUUAUGAAUACUUUUCGUAAACCGACCCCACUCUGAUAUCUUGACCAAUUUUCAAAUCGCGUGGCUUCUUCUGUAGCUCUGCAUACAGUAUGUGUGCCCAGGUAGGCAGGCCCCUUACUUAUCAAAUUAUUCUUGAUUUGUAUAUUUGUGUACAAAAACCUGUAUUUUAUGGACUAAUUUAAUUAUAAAUAUAUAAGUAUAUUUAUUUACUCACAAUUAUUGCAAUGUAUAAAUAAUUUAUAUAGACAGGGCACUAUAAAUUCACAUACAAAUAUUUUCUGUACUUUUACACUUUCACAAAAUCGUAUAUAAUCAUUGAAUUAAAAAUAAGGUAAAUACUUGUAAUAACAUCAACAAAAUCAAGGAAUUGGUUUGUAAUACACUUGUAAUAAAAUUAUUUUUUAAUAACAUUGGUUAUUAUAAAAUUUGGCUAUAAAUAUUUAAAAAAUCAGCUCUACUCUGUUAAAUUAUCAAAUUUCAUAUUAAAUCAGUACUUCUAGUUAAUUGGCACAAUACUGUCAUCAAUCUGUGAAAAUACAGAUGAAUCAAAAAACAAAAAUUAAAAAUUCUUUUUAAUCAAACUAGCCUGAUUAAUCAUAAAUCACCCUAUAAGUGGGAUAUGUAUUGCCUGAUUGACAGGGAAUUUACAGAUUAGUGUGGUAUCGGCCAAUUAGUGGAAUAUAUGCCAAUUAGUGGGGUAUCUGCUGGUUAGCGUGGUACCUGGUGUUCAGUUCGGCGGAUUAAUGUGGAAUCACCUGAUUAUUCAGACCAAAAUCCUUUUUAAAGUUUUGGCAAAUCUAUACUGAUCCCCCUAUUAAAAAUAAAAAUCUAAUUUUUAAGUUGGUGCUAUAGGGGAGGAAGUAACAUCUUCAACAAUUCAAAACCAUUGGAUUCUGAAUCCUUUAAUACCAUUGAAAUCGAUGGAAUCGAAAAUGACCCAACAUAAUUCAAUAGUACAAGCAUAUAUAUCUUUGGGUUUUUGUUCCAAACUUUGAAGUGCAGUUCUGCAGUUCAUUUAUAAAUGAAGCCACAUCUUUUACCACAACUAGUUUAAAGCUACAUAUUUUUACAUUGUUUUAUUGAUAUUUCAAAUUUCAUAAAUAUUAUAGAUCAUGAUUUUUACAAAGUACUUCUCUUGUUGGAGUUAAGAAAUAAUUAAAAAUAAUUCAUUUUUGAAAAGUGGUAAGAAAAUAUUAAAACAAAAGUAAUAAUGACUUAACCACACUUCCUGUUUGUUCACAGUUGCAUCCCAAAAAAAAAAAAAAAGGAUUUUAUGGUAGGAUAAGAAAAUUAAUAGGAUUCUUCAUGUAUGUGUUUUUAAUAGGUUUGGUAUUAAAUGAGAAGAUAAAUUUUAACCAAAGUUGUAUGAGAAUAAAUUUUUUUUGCAAAAAGUAUUUUAUAUGCAAUAUUUUAAUAAAACAAUUUAAGAUCAGUUUUAUUAAAGGAUCAGUUAAUUAAAGAUUUUAGUAAUUAAUAAUACUUGAAUUCCUUAUAUCUAUAUGUCAUACACCCACCCCUCGAAGUAACACCCUAAUUCGUUCCAGGAAAACAGAGCACUAAUCAAAACAGCGCUAAUCAAAAACAAUUUUUCCAUACGAGUGUAUGUUAGUCAAAUUAAUUUUUUUAGAAAUAGGUUAAGUGUGCUUCCUGACAAACAUUUCAAUAAAGACCCUACUCCUGUUAAAAUCAUUUUAGAGUACUAAUAUAUAUCAAAAUACAUUUGAAGUGUGUUUACAUAAAUGUUGAGUAGUAUUUUGAAAAUAAGCAACCUAAAAUAAAAUUAAUAAACAAUUCUCAGAGUUACAAAAUAACAAUGUUAUUAAUAUAGUAAAUAAAUUUCAAUUCUAAAAAGAUUUAUUAGAAUGAUUAUUUAACCUUUUAACAUAAUUCCCAACUCUUUUUACUAAAUGUGUGUCUUCCAUGAUUUGCCACUAUCAAAUCCUAUUGGCGCAAGGUAAACUAGCCCUGAAAGCUUCUGGCUUUUCUAUCAAGAGCUCCUGCUGACAUAUGGGACUGUUGUCUGAGAUAAAUACGCUAUGAAGGAAUGAAUAAAUAUUGAGGAAAGAGCAAAAUAUUGUUUUUUUGAUUCAUCACAUUAUUAAUUUGUUGCAUUGUAUUUAAUGCUACACAAGAACUGUUCCAUUGUGCACGUCCAGAAAUAAAAAUUCACGUAAAAGAAAAAAUUGCUUCUUCAAUACCACGCAAAUCGAACAGCAUUUCUUCGAGGGAUGGGUGUAGAAUAUGUAUUUAAAACAUUAGUGUUUAAUAGAGUUCUUGUAAAAGCAGUAAGAAGGCCCUUAACAUAAAUUUUUUUCUUGUGGAAUUCAUCAUUAUGAAGAAUUUUUGAACUUACAUUUAAUUAUUACUUUAAAUAAUAUUAAUAUUCUCUUCAAAUCUUUUUUAAAAAUAUUUUCUACUUCGCACAGCCUAAGUUAUAUCAUAUAAUUCUUUUCUUCUGAAUACUAAUUCUUUAUUUUUAUUUAUUCAUUAAUUAACAUAUUUUUUGCUGCUCAGUGCUUUUUUUAAAUGUUGGGUGAUUUUAAUUAUUCUUCCUAGUACUUUCUUCACGCAAUAUGAGUCUCCAAUGAUGUGAAGCAUGAUGAAUACUUAAACUUUUUUAAGGGAGGAUAUAAAGUGUUAUAAAUAAAUGAAGCCUGACUGCAGUUUUGGUAGGUUCUUUCAUGUUUUUGUAGCAGAUAAUAGAGUUUUAAGUAGUCAUGUAUGUGUAGAAUUGAAGGUGUUUCUUCCCUGUAUGUGUUUGUGUCACUGUUAUCUAUAAUACUCAGUAAUCAUAGAUCUCUUGAACACACAUGUACCUGUACAUGUUCUUAGAAUCGGGUUAAUGUGUGAAAGUGUUCAAUUAUUCAUAUCAUAAUUAUUUUAAAUGUGAUAUUUUAUAAUUUUAUUAAAUUACUUUUAGUUUUAAUUCUAAAAACUACGUACACUUGUGUUUUAUUUUCCCAGGACAGUUAUUAUGUCUUGGAGUGAUUCGUUGUGAUAAUGCCACAGAACUAAUAUCUGUUGCAGAUAAUUGAUAUCAGUCCAUUUUUAUUUGUAAAAACCAGGUUAUCAUAACAGUACAAUGUUUCAAAUUUGAAGCAUUUAUAAUUGUAGCUAUAUGCUUAUGUAUAUUUUUAUUAUUAUAUUUUUGCACAAUCAUAUAUAAAAUUACUUUUCAUUAUCAUUCUGUAAAUGUGUUGUUUGUUGACAUGUACAAUGUGAUCUUUAUGAUUUGUAUUUGAAGACUGUAUUGUUAUAGCAUUGUUCUAGUGUAAAUAAGUUAGCAAUACUUACUUUAAUAUAGUUUUGUUUUCUUUUACUUGAAGAUUCUGAUGUACACUCAAAAAUCUUUCAUAAACAGAAAGAUGGUGCUAUGCAAAAAUGUUUUGCAAUAAAAGUUAUUACAAAUUUUUGUUAGUUUUAGGUAUUCAAUUGUAACAUUCUGUAUGUAAGUAUAUUAAAGUGCAGGGUGGCUACAGGCAGGGAAACCAGGGACACCAGGAAUAAUUAGGAAAUUUCAGAACUUGAGGGAUAACCGGUAAAUGUCUGGGAAUUUGUGCGAAUCGCAGGGGUAAAUGUUUUGUUAAGUUACUGUGAUUUACCUGUUAUUCAUUACAAAUAUGUCCAUUUUGCUUGUUUAAUUUUGCUAGUGGGAUCCCUCGACAGCAUCAAAAAGAUUCCAGAUGGACAGUUUCUCAACUUAGCAUCUUAUUAAUUUCUUGCAUCUGAAUUUUUUUAGAAUUUAUGUCUUAAAAGCAUGAACUAUUAGGUUAUUGAGUAGGCAAAUCAGAAAUACUCAAAUUCAAAACAUGCAAAAUACUACAAAAUGAUCAUGUUUCCCCUCUUAUUUUCUAAAUUUGCAAAGUUUUUCCAAACAUGAAAUUGCAAACAAAUUGAAGGUUUUUCAGUUGGUUAAGAAAGUGAUAUUUACAAUUGAUACAAUAAACUAAAUCGAAGCAAUUGUUUAUUUUGUGUGUUAAUAUUUGCUUAAAAUGGCAUCUAUUGACAGUUUUUUUAACACUGUGUUGAAAAAAUUGAGUUUUUAAUGUAUAUUUGUGCUUUCCGGCAUUCCAUUGUAUAUUUCAGCAAUUGUGAAUUUUUAUUUUAAACAAUAUCUAAUAAUUUUGGUGCAACAUAGGUUAUUUUGUGUUAGAGUUGUAUACAAAAUGGCCAUGCUGCUCCUAAUUGUAAAAUUUUAUUUUUCAACGACUCACAGGACGUUGCUCCCAUCUGCAUACCGCUUCAUGCUGUUACGCUACAGUCAAGAGAGCCAACUUUUUAUCAUGGGGCUGGCAAGGAGAACAUGAUUCGUCAUUUUUUGUAACAUGUUUCAUUUGGACUCGUACUAGUUGUAAACUGAUACAAUGAAAGAAUUUCUUAAGGUAUCUAUGUUAAUACCGCAAGUUAAAACAUACGCAAAUAAAAAUAUAGUUUGUCAGGUAAAAUAUUUACUACAAAUUAUAACCUAUAAAUAGUUUGUUUGUAACAUGCAAUUACGUUUUGUAUUAUUUCUGUCUUCAAUUCGUGUUUUAUUAAAAAGCAACAAGUGUUUACGAUUUUGGAAUUUGAAAUACGUACUAAGCAUGUUGGACCAGCAUGGUGCCUUCCAACAGCAGCUCAGUAGCAGCUGUCAGCACCUGUAUAUUGUAACAAGGACUUAAAUUUGACUUCGUUCAUGGAAAUAUGUCAGUUGCACAUGUACAACAAAUAAUUUGAAGCUACAUUUGAACACAAUUCAGUGCAUGAGCGUAGUUCCGGAAGGUUUGCGAGGGGGUAGAGGGGUCCGAGUCCCCCUGGAAUCAAAAAACCUAUCACUUUGAAUGCAAUUGGGAUUGUAAAAUGGGAAUGAUAAAGUUAUAAUAACCCCAAAACUAUGUUUUAAGAAAAUUAUUUUUAUAGUUUAAUGCUUAUUGCAUGCAGAUAAGCCUGGACCACCUGGUGAGAUGAAGUUGCCUCCGUGCGCUGAACCGGUGAGCCUCAGGUUCCGCAGACGCCCUCUGACACAGUAGCUGUUGAGAAAUGCAACUUUUUCCUUCUCAUUUACUGCUGUCAAAAUUUUCAGUUUUAAAAAUAAUUUUUUUUAGUUAAUACAAUGUGAAUAGCUGUGUACAUAAUCCUAGUGCUUAAUUACUAUGUUUUGUUUUUUCUGCCUGUAUUUUUCUUGGAUUAUUGCUUUCAGAGCAUUAAAUAGUAUGGAUGUACCGAUUCGAAUCCCGAUUAACUGUAAUCGCCCGAUAUUAGAGAAUCGGUAAUUAAUCUUAAUCUGCGAUAUUUCAACCGAUUAUUUAGACAAAAUUGUCAACCUAUUUCUCAUUAUAUUUAUCAGUUAUCUCUUACAGGGUGGCCACCAAACCGGGAAAACGGGAAAAACCGGGAAUAUGUCGGGAAUUUGAAAGGGCCCGGGUAAAACCGGGAAACUGUCUGGAAUUUUAUUUCUUUCCUGGGCAAAUGCUGCGGUGUAAAUGCGCACAACUUAUAUAAGACGUACAUCGCGGCGUCUCAUAAUCACGCGGCAAAUCUGUACAGUGUCAUGUUGGCAGCGACUGUAGUGUUCCCAGGCGUGCCAUGUUUCUUCUUUCCUCAUAGACGCAAUACGUCACUAAGAGGCGGAGGGGGAGGGGGAAUAUGAACCGCACUACGGCGUGCAACACGGGGUGUUGUUCUAAUUUGUUCUGUUCAGUACAAGUCUUCGAGCGGUUUUAGUCUUACGCUGUGCAGUUUGUUAGGAAGCUAUUGCGGCAAUGUCUACUAGGUAUUCCUGUCGUUAUGAGUCUUGAGGUUCCAUGGGCUACUGAGGAUGCGAAAGACAGAACUUGUGCGAGAUGCAAGAUAUGCAAUAAAAGUUUCAAGAUCGAUACGAUGGGUAGGGGAGCAUUUACAAGCCAUGCCAAAUCUAAGAAUUACAAUAGAGUUAUAAAUAACCAAUCAAGAAACCUGCAAGUUACAGAAUUUUGUUUCCACUCAACCUGCUCAGGAUGAAGCCCACGCUUCCUGUAACAAAGUUUUAUUAGUACUUUAAUUUAUACUAGUAGCUUCCAACGGUUUAGCGAUGUUUUAAACUACAACGUCUUGUAAUCCAUCGCUUAUCAAUAAACUGUCAAAUAUGUCCAGUAACUAACCACACUGCACGUUUUUUUAUGAAUAUUCGCAGCGUGUUGAGGCCGGCCGAUAAACAUUCCGCAUUAACUUACCUUUAACGUCGGUAAUGCUAUGUUCACUUAAAAUUUGUAAAAUAAUAAUACUAAACAUAUAAUUAUUAUGUACACCAGAACCCCGAUUUCACGAACACCGGAUUUAACGAAGCAGUGAUUUUACGAGUACAUUCUCGGGAACCGUAAAAAAAUUGGAAAUUUUGACCAAAAUGUGAAAAACAGAAAAAAAUAUUUAAAAAAAAACGCAAUGAAAGAUCAUAUAUACCGAAUAAAACCAUGUUGGACCUCCUGCGGUCACCAGCAAAGCAUAAACACGACCCAAUGCGUGGUGCAACUGCUACAUCGCUUCGUUAUUGCUCGCGCGAGAGGCGGGACGUGGAAUGUUAGAAGAAAGGAAGGGGCAAAUGCGGGGGAUGACAGACAGUAGCCAGUGUGUUUCCUGCGUGGGGAAUAAGUGGCGUAGCUCCUUUUUUUAUGCUGUGUGAAGCGACCUUUUUCUAUCAACUCAUGGGAAAAGAUAAUUGCUUGAGCUGUCAAAAUAAACAUCGCUGCGACAGUUAAAACAAGACGCGGGCGAGCAUCCGGUAGGUCGAUGUGUAUAUCUACUCGAAAAACAUAUCUCAAUUCAUGACACUAAUAAGAUUCCUUAUAACUUACACGUAUAGCCUGAUGUUUUCAGCCUGAUCCAUGCAAGUUCUUUAGCCACGUUUUGAAUGAAAACAACCACCAGCAGGCCAGUGUUGUGCCCUGUUUAAUACGCACAAAAUAUACAAAAUAUAUUUGGUUCAAAAAAAAAAAAAAAAAAAAAAAAAGAACCUCAGGGAACUUAAGGCAAAAAAAGUCAAAAUAAUGAGUGAUGCCUUAAAACAGACCGCUCUCAUAGACGAAGAAAUUUUAAACACAAAAAAGGUUAAAGUUAUGUGGCAAAUAUAUAUUUAGUAAACUGCCACCUGUUUUUUUAGUUGGGUAUGUAUCACAUUUUGUGCAUUUUUGUUUUAUAUUUAGUACUAUACAGUUCCGUGUUUUAAAAUGUGUGCUUUGUAUCAUGUAUUACAUAAAUAAAAACAUGUCAUUUUGUAUAUAUAUUGCAAAACCUGGAAAAUCUUGAAAAUACCUGGAAAAACCUGGAAAAAACCUGGAAUUUUUUAUCACAAAUAUAGUGGCCACCCUGCUCUUAGCAUUAUAAGAAAAACAUGCCAAAGAUGCUAAUAUAUUCUUUCAACGGUAAAUAAACUCUUUAAUUCAUGAAACACCGUUCAGACUGUAGGCCUACACACGCGCUGAAAGUUUCAGAAACUUUAUGUCUAAUAAAUUAAAUAUACUCUUAUUUUAUUCAAUUGAGGUUUUUCUUCUAGCAUGUAUGGCUAGUAUUUCCAUUAUUGUUAGCUCCAUGCAUCAAACAACUGCUUUGAGUGCCGCUUGUAAUAAAAUACAACACAUAAAACAGUAUAAAACAAAAUAAUGUUAUUUUAACAGCAUCAUCACAAGAUCUCCAUUUUACGUUUAGGUUACGCACGUCAUGUGAUGAACACAAACAAUUUGGUCAACUUAUCUCACUUCACCGGAAUUUCCGUUGUUUACGUGAACAUUUUUCGAUUAUUUUUUAUUAUGAUUGAAGUCGCUUUAAUAACGGGAAAGUCUUCUUUACUUUUUAUGUUUACCGUACAUUAACAACAAAUAUUUAACCAGGAAUAAAAGUUCACGAUUGCGAUAGUUGGUGGUCGGUUGUAGGAAUAUUUCUGUUUGCGACCGAAAUUAAUUUUUUGAAUAUUGGUAAUGUCUGUGUCAGCGAAGACGACUCGGUGACUGUAGAUUGUUUUGUUGUUUUCUAGUCACUAAUGCACGUCCGUACAUUACGUAAACGGAGUGACGAAUUAUUUGUUUAUUUUGCUAAGUUUUCUAUAUGUUGGCAUUUACCAAAAUAAAUAUUUGUUUAGAGCUGUUAUUACAUCGCAUUCACUAUUUAAUGUUGCAUAAUAAUCGGGCAAAUAUAAUCGGUAUUCUUAAUCGGUUUGGAACAUCGGCUGAAUUUGAAUUUUUUAGUGAAUCGUUAAUCGUAAUCGGUAACCGGUUUUUCAAUAUCGGUACAUCCCUAUUAAAUAGCAUAAAGUAAGUAAUAACUCGAUUCAGUUUAUGGUUCUGCUAACUAAAAUUUUAUUUCUGGAAAAUUUCAGGGAAAUGUCCUGGAAUUUUUUGGUAGAACUUCUGUAGCUACCCUGAAAUAAUAUCUUUACAAAUACUUACUUAACAACAUGUCUAUAAGUUUGUGUGUUCGCAACUGAUCUUACUCUACUUGUAACAAGUGAACAAGCUGUUACAAGUACCUAUUACUUUUAGCCAAGCUUUUAGUAUGUUGCUAGACAUUAUAAAAUGCAAAAAUUGUCAGUAAAUAUUGAUUGAAAGGUUACAUAAAAUUAAUUUUUAAUUUUAGUUAUUCUUUUUUUUUUUUGCUGGUUUUGAAGCUGUUCUGUGUGCAAAAACAAAUCAUUAGUUCUUUAAUGUUGUUCCUUAUAAGUUUUGUACGGUUGAACAUCACUAAAUCAGGAAUGACAGCAGCAUGAGAAGUUGUUGCUAUAAACCAUGCUCACCACAAGCAAGCCUUCAUUGUGUCUCCUGAAUCUCUGAUUGUAUUACAAUAAUUGUUGAGUGCUGUUGUGUGUGGAGCAUGCCAGGCAGCUUUGUCUUGAGUAAUGAGCCAUGCCAAUUAUGUUUCCUGGUGUUGGUACCCAUGGUUAUUUUUUUCAUAGUGCUUAGUGCAUAAUCACAGCAAGUAAUAUAUUUGCUGUCUUCAGUUUCAUAUCAAUAAUUAAUAGUGCAUAAAAAUUAGAUUUUGCUUUUGAUGGGUUAAUAAUACUUUAUGGUAAUUAAAAUAUUUUUUUUAUGUUGCGAACAUUUUUUAAUUCUUCAGUUAAUGUUAAAAUUAAAUACAGUAGACUCCUGAUUAUCCAGAGUAAUUACUGGCGAGUGAUCCAUAGAUAACAGAAAAAAAAAGUGAAAGCAGUGUCAAAAAAAACUAUAUAAUUAGUUUUUUUGUUAUUAUGACUAGACAAAACAGUAUAAGGUUGUAUAUAGUUCAUAUACAUAUGUACACUUACUCGAGUACAUCUUGGUAGCAUUUUUUGGCUAAUAUACAAACAUUAUUAAAAUAUCCCGAAGCAUAUAUACAGUACGUAAAAUAUACUAAAGUGUUAAUUUACAAAAAACAUUUGCUGUAUAUAUCAGUAUAACAUAGGUAGGUAGCUGUAUUUUUAUGUCACCAUCACAGUUACACAGAACUAAAAAAGUCCUUUAAUAACGUUUGCUUCUUGAAUUCAUUUUAUUUCUUACGAAUGUUGGAAAGAAUUCUCCAUGAAACGAUUUUGUCCAUGACUCAUGGACCAUGAGGCUAUCUUCAUCCGUGUCCCGGUAGUCGAGGAGACCUCUGACAUAACUGCGCGCGAGAAUGUAAGAGUUUUUUACAGGCUUUCACCUUCGCUCUCUCUUCCAGUUUCUCAUUUUCUUCCCGUUUGAUUUUCUGACUUGACAUCAUAUGUUAGUUCAGCCUUACAUACAGCAGCAGAAAAUGUAUGCUCAGUAAGUAACUAUAUUUCCCUGUGCUUACAAGCAGCACUUGUAACCUCAAGUUUCAAAACUUAUCAUUUUCCAUUAUGCUAAUGUGGCUUCCAAAAUAGUAUUCAUUUGAAAUAUAUUUUUUUGAAAAGAAAAAAAAAGCUCUAUUGCUCUAUAAAGUUACAUAUUUGUUUCGAAAUGUUUCACUGGUAUGUACCAAUAUUGUAUUGCCAGUAUCAGUAUCACCAUCACUACUGUUGAUGUGAGUGAGCUUUCCACUGAGUAGGGAGCCAUUAUGCAGAAUCAAGUGACUCUCAUUUAAAGUACCUCAGAUUUGCGAUUACCCACAUUAAUGAAGUGGAGCAAUGUCGCAGGAAAUCUGAUAGGCCUAAUAGAGCUUUGUCUCAAUGCUGCUGGAAUAUUUAUUAUGUAUAAUAAAUGGUUUUAAUUGAAAACAUUUAAUAAUGUGGUAAUGAAAUAUGUUUUUAAAAGGGGACAUCUUCUAACAAUGAAACGGUACUAAGAAACAAAUUUACAUCUCUCAUUGCCAAAGAAAACAUUACCCUUGGUGUCAUACCAAACUUUUAGUAAGCAGCCAGCUUGAAGGCCAUUUUCAGGAGCUAGUUGAAAAAGUUAUUGAAUAUUAUUUGUUAAAAUUAUAAUUAUUUUUAUUACUUACGUGUUGUGAACAAAAUUGUGCCCCAGAAAAAUAUCUGGUGUCUUUUCUUUGCCAAAAAAAAAAUGUAUAUAUCAUGAGCACAGGAUGACAAUCAUGUUCUAGUGUUAUCAAAAAGUGAAUUUUUUCAAUUGAUAGACGUCUCCUGAGUAAAACAAGAGCAAAGAAUAUCAAAUAAAGCCUGUUUAAUGGGCAAAAGAAAACAUAAAAAAAAAAUCAAUUGUAUUACUUUUAACAAACAGCCAACGUGAAAUCUGUUUUUAGUGCCUCAUUGUAAGAAAAUAAGAAGUUUUGCCAUCAUUACAAUAAAUAAUUUUAUUAGCAACAUAUCUUAAAGAACAAAAUUUUACCACAGACUUAUAUUCUGUCUCACGAUUUUGCGAAAAUGUUACUGCGUUUUUGUCACCCUGUGAAGUAUAAGUUCUUGCGAUGUGCACACACAAAAUGUAUUUUUGUGGUAGCUUACAGUUAAGUAUUAGUUUAUUUUUUAGCGAUAUUAAUUCCUUUCAUUAGAUGUACGUCUCGGGAAUCUGCUGUAAAAAAGCAAAUAAUAUCUUCUCAGGCAUAAAGAGAUAAAGAGUGAGCCUAAAUACCGCGCUGUGCCAGACCAAAUGGGUGUUUGCGGCAGUGCAUCUUGAGCCUGUGUGGUUAGCUGCAACUCGGUGUCAGUGGAAACACGAGGAAAGCCAAUGAGACUGUGGACGGCCAGGUCGUCUCUGCUCAAGGUUAUUAGAGAGAGGUUGCCUCGAUCGCUUGCGCAUCGUUCUGCGCAUCGCGUCACUUGCAGCCCCGGCUCGGCUUGCCAGCCCGUCCGCUCCUAUCAGUUACUUAGUUUACAAGCACAUCUGCUCGUAAUAACGUGUCAAUAUACAGCGUAAUGCAGGGAGAGUUAUUGUUGUGAGGAGUUUAAUUAAGAGUGCGUGUGUUAUAAAAUGUUGGUGUUGCUUAUAUCAUAAGUGCACGGGUGCUUCGUUAAUUAUAAUUAGCAGGCAAAACGUUAAGAACACGAAUUUAAAGUGAAUUUGUUUUGUUAGGCUAAACGCUGUUAACAAGUUGUAUUUAAACAUAAAAUGCCAGGUACGCGGUGUACAGUGGCUGUGUGUACAAAUAGUUUGUAAAAACAAAAUCUUUACCUGAAACAAAUCAUAUAAAAUAUCAUCGAUUCCCAUGUGAUGAUCAUCUGUUGAAAGUGUGGGUUCAGAAAUGCCGACGUGAUGGUGAGUGGAAUCCAAAAACAACUUACAUAAUAUAUGUUCAGAUCACUUUACAGAUGAUGAUUACGAGCGCGACUUGAAAGCUGAGUUGUUAAAUGCAUGCGCUAAAAGACGUCUUAAACCAAAUGCUGUACCUUCAUUAAAACUUGGAAUUACAACACAUGUAGAAACAUUGGAAAGUCGUCAGUGGCGUAGCCAGGAUUUGUGUAUGGGGGGUGUUAAGAAGCAUGCGGCCCCCCCUCCCCCCCCCCCGUAUUAAAGCGGGUGGUCCGGGGGUCCUCCCCCGGGAAAAUUUGGAUUUUAAGGUAUAAAAUAGUGCUAUUUUAGUAGUUUUCGACACUUAAAUUUAAAUAUUGUAAUGAUAAAAAUUUUAUUAAUUUUAAUAUGAAAUUUGAGUGAUGAAUAAGAAAUUAAUCAAAGAUUUGGUGCUAAGGGGGGGGGGGGGGGUUGAACCCCUAACCCCCCCCCCCCCCCCUGGCUCCGCCCCUGAAAGUCGUGUGCGCCGAGAAGACAGAGUUAAAUGCAGGGAAAACAAAAAAAAAAAAAUGUUAUGUAAAUUAAUCGUAGAUUCAAAUGAAAAUGUAAGUGAGGAAUAAACCUGUUCUUGUAGUCAGUUAAAGCAUUCAAAGUCUUGUUCUAACAAUGACUCGGUUGAAAUGCUUAGGAAGUAAAUCCAAAUUCUUAAAGAAAAUUUGUUUCUUGCCGAAAGAAAGUCAGUUUUAAAUUUGGAAGUCAUGAAAAAACUCAAAAAAGAAAACUUAAAUCUUAAAAACAAACAAGAAAACGUUCUUCGUUAGAGUUCCGCAUGCGGAAUAUUCUUUCAAGUGUUUUUUUUUCUUUUCAAAAAUCAAAUUGACAUUACUUUCGUUGAAAAAAAGAGUAAACUGGACCAAUGAGGAAAUAGCUCUCGCUUUCACUUUGCGUUAUUUCAGUAAGCGAUGUUAUUUAUUUUUAAAACAGAAACUUAACUUCCCAUUACUUGGACUUUCAACUCUUCAACGAUGGGCAUAUUCAUUUGACAUGAGAAAAGGUAUCCUAGUAAACAUGUUUGAAAUUUUGAAUGUAGCACGUUCUUCGUUGCUAGACUUCGAACGCAUUGUUGUUCUUUCAUUUGACGAAGUAAAAGUGAAGAAAACGCUCCAGUAUGAUGCAAAACAGGAUGAAACUAUUACACGAAAAACUGCUCUAUUCAUGUUAGAAAUUUAUUUUUAAAUCUAACCUCAGUUUAUUUAUAUUGUAAACAUUCCCAAAACGUUUUAAUGAGCUAUGGCUACUUUUAUUAAACACUAAGAAAUUGAUAUGCAAUUAUUUUAAACAUUAUAAUCUUGCUGAGAAAUAAAUACAAAUAAACCAUUUUGUUUACUAGUUACAUGUUAAUUAUAUUAAUUUUUAAAAAUUCAUGGAUUCAUCAUUGAUAUUUUGAAAAGUUUUACUGUCACUUAAAAAUAUGUUGAAAUGAUAAUUCAUCCUUGUUUUCAGUCACAGCAUUUUGUCAUUUGAAAAGCAUAUCAAAACGAUUAUAAUUAACAGUAAUCAACAAAGCAUAAAUGAAAUACUAUAAGUAUUGCGUAUCAGACAUGUGAAACGAGCCGAGCUGAUAAGAGAAAGCCGUCAGUCAGCAGGUGUAGUAUUACGGCUGGGAACGGCGGGGCUGCAGAUAACGUCAGAGCGGAGUGUCGGGCUGUCUACAUUGUUCUUAUGGGAUCGAGACAACCUCUCUCUACUAACCUUGGUCUCUGCUAGCAAGUGUUCAAGAGGGGAGAGCGUUGAGCAAAGAUGUGCAAUGUCACACGUGGACUUGCCUUCUUUGAGGAUGCUUUAACAAGUAGUGUUACAUGAUUUGCUCUAAGCCACCGAGAGUAAAGUUUUAACUGAUUGUUUUUUUAAAAACAAUUUUAGAAACAAACUAGGGCUUAUUAUUUAAGGCUUCGGACAAUAAAAUCCUUUCAUUUAAUUGUGGUUAACAAGCAAAUUAUGUUUAAUUUCUUUUCUUGCCUAUUCCAAUUCCUAUGUACUGAUAUUUCUUGGGUAUAAAAUAAGCUUAUUCUCUCUAUAGGUGCCAUGGAUAAUCUGCCUGCAGACAAAAUAAUUCAGCAGUAAUGAAUCGAACACUAUUUAUUUCAAAUCCAAAUUUAGUUUCUGAACCUCAAAGGUUGCCGUAAACAAUUAUUUUCAUUCUGACUCUAAAACUAGGAAUAAAAUGAUACCUACAAUCAAAAAAAUCAUCUUGGAUUUGAAAUAAACGUUCAACCUUUACAUUUUUAAUUUGAAAGAAACAAUCAUAUUUACAUGUUAACAUGUUCAAGAGCCACACUAUGCAUUUAUGUAACAAAUGUUACAUGUAAGGCUAAACAAACUUUCUGAGACCUUUUUAGCUGAUGGCAAAAACAAUAUUUUCUUCAAUACCUACUGAAGGUUAAAAUAAUAUAUGCUAAGUGAACUAAAGUAGUAUUAGUGCAGAGUUUUUGAAUUUUUCCUUUCUUUGAUAUUUUUAUUGAAAUCUUUAAUACUAUAUUUUGACACAAUCACUAAAAUUUGAUCACAUUAGAAAAUAGGAAUAAUUUAAGACAAUCACUUUUGCUGAAUAUAAAGAAAAGAUUUAUUUAUUUGUCUGAGUGUCAUGAUGUGGUGUUACUAGAAACUAGUCAAAUACAGGAAAAAAACUGAAAAGAAGCGAAUAAAUGUGAUUUUAGUGUCGUUUAAGAACUACAGAAGUUAGGUAAUGUGUCUUGUACGUCAUGUUUUGUAUUCUGGAACUGUCUGCAUGUUUGAGUGUACAUCAGAACUAUAGUUUAUGCAACCUUAUGUUGGUAAGAGAACUUGUGUUCUCUUGUGUGUGACUGUUAUGGUUUUGGCCCAGCAUUCUUGGCUAGGGGUUGAUGUAGGGGUACUAACCUUGUAUGUCCCACAUAUGUAAUAUCUGAUCAGCUGUGAGACAUAUUUGUCUCUAAGAUUUUUGGCGCAUUUACAUUUAAGUGAUGUGCUGUAUGUAACAAGACUGUAAAUAACUGACUCUGAAAUAAAAAAGCUUAAUCUCAUA